AGACAAACGGCAUCCGGCCAGCCGGGAGAGCAAAAUUCAGGUUAGGCGGUCACAGAGAGAGACAGACCGGCGGGUCGUUUGGAGGAACAGUCGGCUACAACACGGACCUGUCAUAAUAUAACGACCACAGAACAAAAAUGCUGCUUCGUAAAGUGAGCCAGACCUCCGCCCUGUGCGGGGCUGUCCUCCGGGUCCCCCCCGUGCUGUCCGGAGGUCAGCGUCAGGCCGGGGCUGCUCGUCUGUACGCCAGUCAAGCUGCACAGGCGGUGUUGGAGAAGCAAGCAGCAGUCGGCAGUGACGCUGCGACUAAAGCAGAAAAGAAAACAGCCGCUGCGGAAUCCAAAUCAUUUGCUGUCAACAUUUUCAAGGGACAGGUCCAGACUGCCCAAGUGUUUCCUUACCCCUCAGUUAUGAAUGAGGAGCAGGAGCAGUUUCUUCGGGAGCUCGUGGGACCCGUCAGCAAAUUCUUCGAUGAGGUGAACGAUCCCGCCAAGAACGAUAGCUUGGAGAAGGUAGAAGAUCACACCAUGGAAGGCCUGAAGGAGAUGGGUGCCUUUGGCCUGCAGGUGCCAGCUGACCUGUGUGGGCUCGGGCUCACAAACACACAGUAUGCCCGGCUGGUCGAGAUCGUUGGCAGUCAUGACCUGGGCGUUGGUAUCACUCUGGGUGCCCACCAGUCCAUCGGCUUCAAGGGUAUUCUGCUUUUUGGGAACGCAGCCCAGAAGGAGAAGUACCUGCCAAAGCUUGCCACAGGUGAGCAUAUAGCCGCCUUCUGCCUAACCGAACCAGCCAGUGGCUCUGAUGCCGCCUCCAUCAAGACCACGGCGGUUCAGUCCCCGUGCGGGCAGUACUUCACUCUCAAUGGAGGCAAGAUCUGGAUCAGCAAUGGAGGUCUGGCCGAGAUCUUCACAGUGUUCGCCAAGACUCCCAUGAAAGAUCCCAAGACGGGGGAGAUGAAGGACAAGAUCUCUGCCUUCAUCGUGGAGAGGAGCUUUGGAGGAGUGACAAAUGGCCCUCCAGAGAAGAAAAUGGGCAUCAAGGCCUCCAACACAGCCGAGGUCUAUUUCGACAACGUUCGCGUGCCCGCCGACUGCGUGCUGGGCGAGGUGGGCGGAGGUUUCAAGGUGGCCAUGAAUAUCUUGAAUAAUGGGCGCUUUGGCAUGGCGGCUGCCCUCUCUGGCACCAUGAAAGGAGUCAUCACCAAAGCUGUGGAUCAUGCUGCGAACAGAACGCAGUUUGGGAACAAGAUCCACAGCUACGGUGCCAUCCAGGAGAAGGUGGCUCGCAUGGCGAUGCUGCAGUAUGUUACAGAGUCAAUGGCCUACAUGAUCAGCGGCAACAUGGACAGCGGAGCGUCCGAAUUCCAGAUCGAAGCUGCCAUCAGCAAGAUCUUUGCUUCCGAAGCAGCAUGGACGGUGACCGACGAGUGUAUUCAGAUUAUGGGUGGCAUGGGUUUCAUGAAGGACUCUGGAGUGGAGAGAGUGAUGAGAGAUCUGCGAAUUUUCCGAAUCUUCGAGGGCACCAACGACAUCCUGAGGCUCUUUGUUGCCCUCAAUGGCUUCCAGAAUGCUGGUAACCAGUUAAAGAGCUUGCAGAAGGCCCUGAAGAACCCCAUCGGUAAUGCCGGGCUGCUCGCAGGAGAACUCACCAAGAGGGCCAAAAGGAAGGCCGGUUUGAGCACAGGUCUGACGCUGCAGGGAACUGUUCAUCCUGAGCUGGCACAGAGCGGUGAACUGACCGUUAAAGCCAUCGAGCAGUUCGGAGCGGUUGUUGAGGAGCUGCUGAUCAAACACGGCAAGAAGAUCAUCGAUGAACAGUUCGUCCUGAAGAGAGUUGCAGACAGUGCAAUUGAUCUCUACGCCAUGGUGGUUGUCCUGUCGAGGGCUUCACGCUCUCUGAGUCAGGGCGGCACCUCAGCUCAGCAUGAGAAGAUGCUGUGUGAGACCUGGUGCAUGGAGGCUCAUCAGAGAGUCAUGCAGGACGUCCAGGCUCUGCGCUCCAGCGAGUCCCGACAGCUCUUCAAGAACAUGCGUGCCAUUUCUACUGCUGUGGUGGAGAACGGAGCCGUGGUCGCUCCUCAUCCUCUGGGUUUCUAAACACACCGCAUCUUCACAUCCGUUUGGGUUUUUUUUUUUCCCACUCUUCCGCACCUCGAACCAGGUUCUGGAUCAUGAAUGCCAAGUUCAGAGACUUUAUCAGCUUUAUCGCCGUCAUCACGCGUCAAUGCUCUUCUGAGCAAUCGAGCUUUCAGGUAGUGGGUUGUAUUUUGCUGCCCGGAGCUGAAUGAUCAAUCGACACAGUGUUCUAUCUCACAUAUUUAUUUAAUUCUCACUCAAAAACCUCGACUUCUGGAGGUCAACUUGAGCUGGAAUAUCACGGUAUUUCUACGAAUCAUUCAGCCCGAGUACGACCUGCAUCUAAACCAGGCGAUGACUGAAUGUCUCGAACGUGUGCGUGGAGACGAUUGAUCAACCUCAUCAUUUAACUGCUUGAAGCAUUAAGUUCUAGUUUUAUUUUUGAACAAUAUCAUACAUCAAUGCAACUUUGAGAUAGCAGGCCAGUUGACAGGAAACUAACUUAGAAGAUAUUUUAAGUGAUUUACGAACAAAGGUGUUUAAAAUAGUUGUACGCAGAGUAAGAUUGUGUUCAGAUGUAUGUAACGGUGUGGUGUUUAUGUGCUUUAACGCCGCUCUGCGUGUCCGUUAAAUGUUAACAUCAGGUACAAAAACCUUUUUGCCUUACAAACCGGUCCACAGAUGCUGUUUGCAGUUCCUCCUCUAACACAGAGGACGCAGGUCGCCUUUUCUUCUACUAUCAAAGUGCAGUGGUUUUAUUUUCUCAGCUCAGUGUAGCAGGCGUCAUUAACUGUAAUUGUAGAAAGUUAACCAUCGAGUCUGCAUACCUGGUUUUUAAAGGGAUUUUUAAGAAAUAGUUUCUCGUACAAUAAAUGCCGCAUCAGCUCGUGUUAAAGUGUCCAUAAAACUUAAAUUAGAUCUGCACGUUCUUUCCUUCCCAUGAACUUGUUUUGAUGACAAACAAAGCUACCGAUGCUGAUGAUGAUGCUUUUUCUGGUCGGGAAUCUGUUGUCUAAACAGAUAUGAUCACACGCGUUCAAAAAGAUCAUGAUGUUUAAAAAAUACGUCCGAUGAAGGUACCAGAUGAUUGUCUCAGCUGUUUCGGUGGCAGUUUGUGCAGAUGUACUUUGUAGCUUUAUGGUUUAAGCAGCACACUAAAAAUAAAUAAUGAUCUGUACGCUUACUCUGUCAGUUUAUCUGUCUUUAAUUGUACCUUUGGUUUGGCCUUCACCUCAAUACAAAUGUUCUCUGUAAAAUAUUUUCUGUGAAUGUCUCUUUCAACAAGCCAAACUAGUGAUUUCUUUUUGUUUUUUUAUGGUGUCUUCUUGUAAAAGAUUUUGUUACCACGAGAGAGAAAAUUAAAUAUUGAAGCUCAGCAGAAACAAGAAAAAA